GUCACCUGAUAACGAAGAGGGGAGGGUGUGCUAAUGUUUACAACCAUCGGGCUGUCAAUGUUUUUAUCGCAAAAACUGUGAUUUGUGUCCAAAUUUCACCCGCGUACGAAAAGACAAGCGAAUAAUGGCGCGAAGUACGUGAGCUCCGCUGGCCUCCAGGUGUUUGUUAACUGUGAGUCCUCUGGUUGCUCUCGAUUCGCUGCCAUCAUCUGGAAAGAACAUCUCAGAGUGUGCAUUUAGCUGGUAAACAGUGUACCGAUGGAGUGGGUGUUCAUCAUGAACCGGAUGAGCUCUCAGGGUAGCUCUGCAGCCCAGCGGAGGCGGAUGGCCCUGGGCGUGGUGAUACUCCUGCUGGUGGAUGUCAUCUGGGUCGCCUCUUCUGAGCUGACCUCAUACAUUUUCAAGCGACAGGAGUACAACAAACCCUUCUUCAGCACAUUCACCAAGACCUCCAUGUUUGUGCUCUAUUUGCUGGGUUUCCUGCUGUGGCGGCCCUGGAGGCAGCAGUGCACCGGCAGUCUGAAGCGCAGGCGCUCUGCGUUUUUUGCUGAUGCUGAGGCCUACUUUGCACCCUGCACCACUGACACCACUGUGAACAACUGUUUGAGCGAACCACUGUAUGUUCCAGUGAAGUUCCAGGAUGUACCUCCUGAGCAUUCAAACUGUUUAAUUGGAGACUGUGAAUCUUCAGCUUCCAAAAAGCAGCGGGUGCGUUUUAGUAAUAUCAUGGAAGUGCGUCAGCUGCCCUCUACUCAAGCCCUGGAGGCCAAACUGUCCCGCAUGUCCUACCCAGCUGCCAAGGACCACGAGGCCAUGUUGCGCACGGUGGGCAAGCUAACCAUCACUGAUGUGGCCAAAAUCAGUUUCUUCUUCUGCUUUGUGUGGUUCCUGGCUAACCUGUCCUAUCAGGAAGCCCUGUCCGACACGCAGGUUGCCAUUGUCAACAUUCUGUCGUCCACCUCAGGCCUGUUCACGCUCAUCUUAGCAGCCAUAUUUCCCAGCAACAGCAGCGACCGUUUCACCUUGUCCAAACUGUUAGCUGUGGCUCUGAGCAUGGGAGGUGUUGCCCUCGUGAGUUUCUCCAGCAUGGACAACCCUGAUGAGAAAGGCGUAACAGGUUCUUUGUGGUCGCUGGCUGGAGCAGUGCUGUACGCCGUCUACAUCGUAAUGAUCAAGAGACGAGUGGAUCGGGAGGAUAAGCUUGACAUUCCCAUGUUCUUUGGGUUUGUGGGUCUGUUCAACCUGCUGCUGCUGUGGCCUGGCUUCCUCCUGCUCCACUACACGGGUUUCGAGGCCUUUGAGCUUCCCAGCCAGCUGGUGUGGACGUACAUCCUCAUUAACGGCCUCAUUGGGACCGUUCUCUCGGAGUUUCUCUGGCUCUGGGGCUGUUUCCUCACAUCGUCUCUAAUCGGGACCCUGGCAUUGAGCCUCACCAUCCCUCUCUCUAUUAUGGCAGAUAUUUGCAUGCAGAAGGUACGUUUCUCGUGGCUGUUUUUUGCCGGGGCGGUCCCCGUCUUCCUCUCCUUCUUCAUCGCCACACUCUUAUGCCACUACAACAACUGGGACCCCGUCCUGGUCGGGCUGAGGAGAGUGUACGUCUUCAUUUGCAGGAAACAUCGCAUUCACAGACUGCCAGAAGACAGCGAGCAGUGCGAAAGCCUUAUCCCUCUACACACCGUGUCCCCCAACGAAGGAAGCUUCUGUUCGUGAUCCAACAGUCAAACACAAAGUGGCGAAUGUGGAUCUCGCUGAGAAGACAAUCUGGAAGCUUUCAGAGACAUUGAACUUCCCCAGUGCCUCAUAUGAAAUCUAUUUAUUUUCUACAGUGUUGAGACGACGCCUUCAUUUCUACAAGUUCAUCUUUAUUUUCACAUCUUCAGUCAUCACAGACUGAGAUUGGUAUUCGUUUGUUUUAUUUUUUGCUGUGUAAGAAGAAACUUUAUGGUGCUCAAGGUGCUGGACAUUAUCAGUGAUUACUAUAGUGUCACGUGACCUAAUGAAACGGUACAUGUUGAACUUGAUCAUAACACUAACAGAGCAACUGUGUUAGAACUCUGAAAUCAAUUGGAGGUCUUAUUUUUCUAGGAUGAACAUGGUGUCCCUACUGGCGUCGCGUCGUUUGUCCGUAGGCCUUUUUAAGCCUUUGCUGCUUGUUUGUGAGAGUGUGUGUGAAGCAGACAGCGCGUUUUCACAGACCAUCAAUCUGUCAGACAUGUAUGUGAGGAGUUUAUUUUUUUAAUUGGCUGCCUUUGACGGUAUGUUAUUCCCAUACACACAGAUCUCCUUAAAUGUUGUACCGUACUGCAGCAGUGUCACUAAUUCCAACAUCUGGAUCUGCGGUGCCAUCUGGCGCAGCACACUGAUGGGUUCGUGUUACCAGCCUUGGCAGCUCGGAUAAUGACAGAACCGUUCUGAGUGACCUCUAUGUGUGAGGUAUUAUAACACUGUCCUGAUAGAAUCUAACAUUUUAAUAUCCCUCGUUUUUAUUUCCUUUUGGAUUAGUCUUAAUUUUCUUUUGUACGUCGGAAAUGAAGAAAAAUGAAAUCACGCUACAGCUUGAACGAGAAAAGCGUCGCACCCUUCGCAGACAGAUUUUCUUGUUCCCUGCAGUACCUCUGACAGCGCUGGAUCAUGAAGACAAACUGUGAUAGAGACGUAAUCUAUUGUGUUUGAAUAUGAAACGAUAAGCCUUCCGCUAUAAGCUACAAAAUGCCUUGCUGCAAUAACGGUCUGCUUGUGUGAGCAGUUUCCUUUCCAAAAUGGGUGUAAAUACUGUACACAGUGACACAUUAACAGAGUAUUGAUGUUUUUGUUUAUGACCACUACAGAUUCCUCCUUUGAGAUUAUCUAUCACUUAAUAUUUAAUGUAUCAUUGAGGAAGAGUUUGCAUUACAGUCACAUUCUCUCUUUUACUCUGCGACUGAUCGGGCUGUUGUAUAUUUUCUGAAGCAAAAAAGUAUUUGAUUUCAUGUGAUGAGAAAAAGAGCAUUUCUUUUAGCGGCCUCAGUCAUCAGUCGUCUGUCAUGUAAUCCAGGAUGUAAACACUACAGGUGAAGGUUAAAUGUCAAUAUUAUUCCACUCAUCCCGUCAGACGUCAGGUGCGUGUGUUGUCUUUAUGGAGUGUGUUGUUAUGACACUCACCGCUGAUGGAGGUAUGAAGUCGAGGAAGUGAGGAGGUAAAUGAACGGGUUGAGCACUUUAAGCGACAGAUAUGUCUUGUUCAUGUUCAUUCUUCUGUCAUCAGUUUAGGGUAAUUGGUUUACAAAGUGGUAAUUAUUUCCCAUGUUGUCUGGUUAGACUUCAAAAAAAAAAUUUUUUUUCAUCUUUUAUCAACGGUGCUUGGGGAAUCUGUAUAUGAUUUUUACGCGAUUAUCUUUUUUUCUUUCUCAGGUUCUUUGUCUUGUUUUUCAUAUCCGAACAAUUCCUUUAAAGUGUCAUUAAUGAAGAUGUUGUCAGAUCUAAAAGAAGGCCAGGAAAAAGACUGUAAUAGUAACUUUCCUUUUAUCAACCUCAGCUCUUGAAUUAUACUUUUAUUUUGCAAGUCUGUUUUCAUACUUACACUGCACUAUUAAAAUAUAUCUUUUUAAA